UAUAGGAAGGAAGGGAAGGAAAGGAGCUGAGGCAGAUCAGUCGCCAGCGGAGCCCAAGACGGCGGAUGAACGGAGCCGAGCGUGUGUGUCGCCCUUGUCGUUUUUUACAGCAGCUGAAAGCAGCAGCGUCCGGCAGCCCGUAACCUGCCCGAAAAUGAUGCUCAAACUCGUCCAUCUCCUCGGGGUGCUCGUCUGCGGCAGCCAAGCCGCACUGCAGGUGUCCAUAUCGUUGAACAAAGUGGAGUUAAGUGUCGGAGAGUCCAAGUUCUUCAUCUGCACAGCUAUUGGCGAGCCGGUGAGACUGGAGUGGUACAACCCCCAGGGCGAGCGCAUCGUGCCCUCCAAGCGGAUGGCGCUCCACACGGAGACGUCACGAUCCAGGCUCAUCAUUUACAACGCCAUCAUUGAGGACGCGGGUAUCUACCGCUGCCAGGCCACUGACGCCAGCGGCCACACCGAAGAGGCCUCGGUCGUGCUGGAGAUCUACCAGAGGCUGACGUUUCGGGAUGUCCAGUCACCGCAGGAGUUCCGCCAUGGUGAGACGGCGGAGGUGGUCUGCGAUGUCAUUAGCUCACCAGUGCCUGUGGUGGUGUGGUACUACCAGGACAAAGAGAUUACUGAGGAGCACCACAGCAGGUUCCAGGUGCUGGCAAACAACAACCUGCAAAUCCAUCAGGUGACCAAGGCUGAUGAGGGCGUGUACCGCUGCGAGGCCAGCGUAGAGGCCCGUGGGGAGAUUGAUUUUGUGGACAUCGCUGUGGUAGUCAAUGUCCCUCCGGUGUUGUCAGUGUUCCAGCCAUCCUUCAAUGCCACAGCCGACUACCAGGAAUCAGUCACCUUUACUUGCAUCACCUCCGGAUCUCCUGACCCUGUGGUCACAUGGCACAGGAAAGGGCAGCUGCUGGAGCCAUCGGAGCAGUAUAUUUUCAACAGGCUGGAAGGCGGGCGUAGCAUGUUAACCAUCCGCAACAUUCGGCAGGGUGAUGGGGGCACCUACACCUGCAAGGCCUCUAACAAGGCAGGAUCUCAAGAAAGGGAGAUCUUCCUGAAAGUGUUUGUCCAGCCCCAUAUCACCCAGCUGAAAAACGUGACAGCCGUAGAGGGCAGCGCCGCCAUGAUCUCCUGUGUGGCUGAGGGCGAGCCUCUGCCCGAUAUUUCCUGGAGGAGAGCCAGCGACGGCCAGACCUUCGUGGAUGGAGACAAGAGUCAAGAUGGACGCUUUGAAGUCCGUGGUCGUCACGGCAAGUCGGUGCUGACCAUCAGCGGUGUAAGGCUUGCAGACUUGGGUCGAUUUGACUGCGAAGCGCUGAGCAGGAUCGGAGGUCAUCAGAAGAGCAUGUUCCUGGACAUUGAGUAUAUACCGAAGUUCCUGACCAACCACACCAUCUAUUACUCUUGGGAAGGGAACCCGGUGAACAUAAGCUGUGACGUGAUGUCCAACCCUCCUGCCACCAUGCUGUGGAGGAGAGAACGCUUCACCAUCUCUGCAGAGGGAACUGCCAACACGCGGGUCCACAGUGUAGACGGCAAGUCUGUGCUGGAGGUGACUCCUAUGUCUGACAGGGACUUUGGCCGCUACAACUGCACAGCCAGGAACAACAUUGGAGUUCGAUACCAGGAGUUCAUCCUGGCCCAGGCAGAUGUACCAUCAAACCCAUACUCGGUGCGUCUCUCAGCCGUUUCCCAGCGCUUGGCGACUGUCACCUUCAUGAAGCCUGACUCUCAUGGCGGCGUCCCCAUUAGCUACUACCUGGUCCAGUACAAGGAGGUCGGCUCACAGGACUGGAGGGACGUCAAGUCGCACAGCAUCCAGACAACAGUGGUGCUGACAGGGCUGGAGCCCAACACGACGUACGAGGUCCGAGUGGCAGCUGUCAACGGGAAGGGUCAGGGAGAGUUCAGCCACACGGAGACCUUCCAGACUUUACCCAUCCGAGAGCCAAGUCCGCCGGCAGUCCAUGGGCAGAGAGGAAUGGGCCACACCUACAGGCUGGGGUUGGUCAAGCAGGACGACGGAGGGAUGCCCAUCGUGGAGUAUAUAGUCAAGUACAAGACUGAUAAAGAGGAACAGUGGAUGACCAAGCUCGUCCCGGGAGCGAAUGAUUUUGCGAUGCUGCAGCCGCUGCAGUGGAACACAAGAUAUGAAGUGGAAAUCACAGCGCGCAACGUCAAGGGCCUGUCGGAGCCCACCUUCUAUCAGUUCUUCAUGCCACAGAAACCCGACAUUACAGCAGAAUCCCUGUUCAGCGGCCUGGGGCUGGGGACGGUGGUGGGCCUGGGCCUGGGAGCACUGCUGCUGCUUCUCGUACUGGUGGACGUCAGCUGCUUCUUUCUGCGUCACUGCGGCCUGCUGAUGUGCAUCACACGCACGCUGUGCAGCAAGAAAACAGCCACCAGCGGCAAGGGCAAAGAAAUCGAGGAGGGCAAGGCUGCCUACCUGAAGCUACCGCUGAAGGAAGAAAAUGGAAAAGAGUCUCUCAAGCCGGAUACGAUUGAAAUCAAAGUGCACAGUGACAACAGCAUCCACACAAAGCCCGACGACAGCAAAGCGUAAAAGGGUCGGUCCCCUCGGCACCAAAAGAACAUUCGGAUCACGAGACCAAAACCCAGAGAAACUACAACACUGGAAAAUAGUGGAGUAAAAUACCAUAUCUGUUUAUAACAAUGCCCCAGUGACAGGCAUGUGUAAAUACAAAUAAUAGGGAGAAAAUAGAGAGAAAGGGUCAACCUUUUAGACACCCUGAGUGAUAAAUGUAUCAUGUUCUUAAAAACAUGGCGUCAGUGGAAGGCUCUUGUUGAUCAAUGAUUGUAUUUUUUUUUCUGUUCAUGACCUUUUUUUUUUUUUUUUUUUUUUUUUUUUUUUGCUUUACAGAUUCUCAUGCAGUUAAAGGGUGAAAAAUCAGUCCCCACUAUUCUUACACAAAGGCAGGCAAAGCUAGUAUGCUAUUUCACCCCCAAGCUCACAUCGCUUAAUGCUUUCCUUUUUUUGUCAGAGUGAAUGCAUGGGCCAACCCACACUGCAGGAUCACAAUUAUUUAAUCGCCUGUUACCAUGCCUGAGUGUUACACUACAGCAACCUUUUGUACGCCUUUAAUAGCCGAGCUAGGCGUCUGGCUAAUGUGAGGCAAACGCUGAGGCUAUUGUGCUCCCAGCUCCAGCAACAAAAGGUCUUAAUGAGAUUUUAUUGCUUCAGGAAAAUGUGACGUUUGUUCCUGAGUGAAAAAUUGUACCAACCAGGACCUGGUUAUUAACUAUUAAGAGGAAUUUUGACUUGAUAUUUGAUGACUUACGCUUUAUGAAGGGCUAUUGUGGAUCAUAGUUUCAUAACAUUAAAAAAAAGACAAAAAGAAAGAAUGUUGCAGUCUAUGAAGUAUACAGCAUAAACCACACAUGUGCAUCGAUGCCUUUUAUAUUGACACUCAAUAUCUCUUUAACUGUCUCAUUCUCUAACAAUGUAUGUUUUAUUCAUGUGUGUUCAAACAGUAAGUACACUAGUGCAAGAGGUUAACUGCACUUAGAGCUGAUGUGAGCUUGAGUAAUGAAAAAAAAAGGCCACAAACGCCCUGAAUUGUGUCAUGUAAUUGUUGCGAUGCGAAUGGUAGGACUCAAGGCAUGGGAACAAACGAGUAAAGGUGUGCUCACGAUAAAUCAAAUGUGUGUCAGGUUUGUUUUUAAUGAUUUCUUUUCUCAUUCCUGUCUCAGAUCUGCCUCAUAUAUUUUUUUGUUUCCCAGUCUGAUCGCUAUUCUCUCUGAUGUUGUCAUGUGUUGUACAUAGGUGAAAAAAAAACAAUAUUUUACAGAGCUUUUAUGUAAAUAUACCCUAAAGGAUGUGUCUUUUUUCAAAAUGCAACAGGCUUGGCUUUUUUGUGAACGCUCCUCAGAUGAAAAGCUUUUUUUUGUUGUUUUGUUUUCUUUUGUUUUUUUUCUUCUGUUGUGUUUUGGUCCAAAGUUCAGUGAUGGUGUAAUAUUGCUUUUUCUACUCAUUUGCUUUCCCUAAAGAAAAUCCAUGCCCUGAGGCUAUUUCACGGUAUUUCAAUGGAGACAGUAAUUACGGCAUUAGUGUGCCUUCUCUCUUUUUUUUUUCCUCCUACCCCCCUUGUGGCCCACUGCCGCCGCAGCACUGUAGACCUUCAAAUGAAUUUUUGAUUGUGCUGCCUUUUCCACCUCAGAAUGUGUCAGAACAUUGAGUUUUCUUGCGGUGCUGUGAAUUCUGGGAGAUGUAGUCUUAGGAUUGUGGAUUGUAGUCAACGACACUGGACUGAAACAGACAUGUAUAACUACCUAGUGCAACUAAAUGUCAGGUUGAUCCUCAAAGUAAUGGGCUGCAGAAAUGUGGUUGUAAUGUCGUGUGUGUGUGAACUUGUACAAUAUACAUAGUGAGGACCACAUUUUUAACCAACAGAGUGAGGACAUUUUUAGAAAGUGAGGACAUCUUGGACUGUCGUCACUUAUUCAAAGGUCUGUUUGAGGGUUAAGCCUUGGUUUUAAGGUUCAGGUUAAUUACUAUUAGGUUGAGAUAAGGAUACAGAUUUGAGUUAAGGAUUCUGUUGUGAUAGUUAAUGUUAGGAGAAUGCAUUAUGUCCAAGAGGGUCCUCACAAAGAGAGAAGUACAAGUGAUUGUGUGUGUGCAUACAUUAAUGAGUGAAUGAGUACACUUGUCUACAUGAAUCAGGUUGCAUGUAUGUCUGUUGAAUGUAUCUGCACGUACUGUAAGUUAAAUCUGUUUUUGAGUGUGUGCCCAUUUAAAUUUUUCACAUAAGAGUCUCCCAAUUUCAGAUAAUCUCCUAAAUUAAAGAGUUGAACUUGCUAUUAUUUUGUUUAUAAUUUAUUUGUUAGGUUUAUUAUCUAUUUAUAUUAGACUCAAGUGUAUUAUGAAAUACACUUUUUCAGCUCCAUGAUGCAUCGUGCAGCUCUGCAAGUCGUUUUGAUGACCACAUGCCAAGUACAAAUGUCCAAGCACUACGAGUGUGUUCCUCUUUGAGUUGGCGAGAGAGCUCUCACGCUGAGUUUCAGAGUGCGCUCUGAUAGGUAAAACCUGAUUAUGUAGUUCUCGACAGUGAUUAAUACCCCAGGCUGCAGCACUCCAUGCAUGUGUCUGCGAGCUACCCCUCUCUGCCGCUGCCGCCACCACCCCCUCACCACUAUUCCCUCUCAGACUCCAUUGGUUUUUAUCUCAGACCUCAUAGCGCUGGCUUUGUUUUCUCCCGGCGAGCCCUUGUACCUGCAUAUCUCAAAUGGAUGGUCCUGCCAUGGAGUGGUUCUGCUGCCUGUUACGAUGACUGUAAAUAUGGGAGCACAGUGCCUGGAGGCUAUACGAUUUGUACAUGUUCUUUUGUAUUUGAAUAUGAGUCUAAAUACCCAACCACCUCCUCUUCCCCUUCUUAUCCUCAACCCCUCCCCGGUCCUCCUUUCCUCUGUGUCUCCUUCCACCAUGCCUCGGUCCUUUUUUCUGUAGGGGGUUAAACAGGUGUGUUUGAGCUCAGUGUACAGUAUGUGUCCUCUUUGUCCCCAUGCUCCCCCCGUGUCCCAUGGACUGUCCCUGCUGAGUGUGCUUUGUGCAGGAGGUGGGAACUAUUGAUGUCUCUCUGUACGUACCUGUGGAACACUUGUGACUCCUGUCAUUUGCCGCUGUAAAUAAACAUGU